GGGCGGUAACUAACCCUUUCUCCUCUUUGACUUUUGUUCCGUCGACCUCAAUGCCUGUUUGUUCUCGAUACUAGAAAGACCAUCACCCCUACGAGACGCCCUCUACUUCAAGUCAGGCAUCAAGGGCGCAACAGAUCGCGCGACUCGAACACUACAGGCUGGGACCACGUUUCUCGGGCGAGAGCACCACACAACCGUCCGUCCGAGCCGCAAUCAUAAAGCGCACGCGAGACCCGCGGGCGCAUCUUCAACAUUGACCCGAUUGGGCUUCACCAUCACAGACACCGCCAUGGCCGACCUCUCCAACAAGCAUCCCGACCUCCAAUUCUCCCUCGCCCCCCUCAUGCCUCCGCAAACACCGCUUAUCAAAUCACCAUCAUCCUCCUGUCUUCUGACACACCUAUCGACCAAAGCCUUGCCGAGUCAAGCGACCAUCGCCAGGGCCAAAUGGGGCAGCGUGCAACGGAUCAUGUUGGAGUACCCAGACAAGGGUCCAAUCGUGGUGCAAAGCUUUAUGGAGCCGGCUGCGCAAAACCACACUACAAGUACAAAAGCUCAGACUGAAGAGGAUCAGGCCCCGCAACUGGUCGGCGUUGUCGCAGGGCACCAUGAUCAAGUGAAAGAAGUCCGUCGGGCAGCCGUGCGCCUGGAGAGGGUUGGGCGAGACAUUCAGAGAGAAUGGUCCGUACCAGAACCCGAGACGCCGUGAUGAGAGAGGACAUGCAGGAGAGACACGGGGAGCACCAUCAAAGGCAUAGGCAGGCGUUUGCAUAACAUCAU